AUGCGCUUGAACCGCGGUGCUACCGGCACGCUGCAGAUGCUCCCCGGGGAGACGGUCAACAUUUUGUAUGCGUGGACCAGUGACUUCCGCCCCUGCGUGCAGGAGCUGCGCUUCGGCAACGGCAACAGCUACUCCAUGACCAACAACACCGAGUGCAAGACGCUACUGUCAUUUAGACCUUGUCAAUGGUGUGUGAGCGUGAAGUGGCAGAAGGAGGUGUUCAGCGGGGUGGAGAUCGACACACAGCAGCCACCCCUAGUCUUCAAGGGGCAGCUCUACGCGCUCACGGGCGUGCCGCCCGACAGGCAGAAGAUCAUGGUCAAGGGCGGCCUGCUGCAGGACGAUGCUGAUUGGUCGAAGCUGGGCAUCAAGGAUGGCCAGCGGCUGAUGAUGAUGGGCACGGCAGACGCUGCUCCAGUGGCGCCCGCCCAGGCGGUGGUGUUCGUUGAAGACCUGCCCGAGGAGGAGCAGGAGGCCGCUGCUCAGAAGGAGUGGUCAGCGGGGUUGGAGAAUCUGGGCAACACGUGCUACAUGAACGCCACCCUGCAGUGCCUCCACUCCGUGCCGCCGCUGCGCUCCGCCCUCGCGCAGUACGCCCCAUCGAGUGGCAUAGAGGCGGACAGCUCGCACCGCCUGGCGCUGGCAGCUCGAGACCUCUUUGGGGAGCUGGAGAAAUCUCGCCGCCCCGUCACUCCACUUCGCUUCCUCAUGCUGCUUCGCCAGAGAUUCCCGCAGUUUGCGCAGCAGGGGGAGCAUGGCGCGUACAUGCAGCAGGAUGCGGAGGAGUGUUGGACGCAGCUGCUCUACUCUCUCUCCCAGCGCCUCCGCAGCAUCAGGCAGCCCUCUCAAGCUGAGGUGGACAACAUAUUCGGGAUUGAACUAGUCAGCAAGGUUCGGUGUGCAGAGGGAGGGGAAGGCGCGGAGGGCAACGGGGAGGAGAGUGAGGAGAAGGAAACAGCGUUUAUGCUCAAGUGCCACAUCAGCAGCGACGUCAACCUGUUGCAUGAAGGGAUCAAGAGGGGCCUAAGGACGGAGCUGGAGAAGGUAUCAGCAUCACUUGGCCGCUCGGCUGUCUUCACAAAAGAUUCCCUCAUCGCCCGCCUCCCCCAUUACCUCACGGUGCAGUUCGUGCGGUUCUUCUGGAAGCGCGAGUCGCAGCAGAAGGCCAAGAUUCUCCGAAGGGUGACAUACCCCCUCGUGUUGGACGUGUAUGACUUCUGCACGCCCGAGCUCAGAGCCAAGCUGGACGGGCCCAGGAAA